CCCACACCCUGUCCCCGGCCAGGAGGGCCUCCGGAGGGCUCACAGGUGUUUGCUUCCUCCUGGGUCGCUGCAGGCAUCGAGGUGGAUAUUGACGUGGAGCACGGCGGGAAGAGGAGCCGCCUCGCCCCUGUCUCUCCAGGCAGCUCCGGCACCGAGGAAAAGUGCGGCUCCCAGCCGAGCAGCUGCUCUUCGGACCCCGGCAAGCCAGACGCGGACCCGGAGGGCGCGGCGCAGUCCCUGGCGGAGCAGAUGGACAAGGUGGCCCUGGAGUCGGUGCCACCGGAGGAGCAGAUGGAGUCGGAUAACUGCUCGGGGGCAGACGAAGACUGGACUCACUUGUCUUCCAAAGAAGUGGACCCGUCUACGGGGGAACUCCAGUCUCUACAGAUGCCCGAAUCCGAAGGGCCGGGCUCUCUCGACUCUUCUCAGGAAGGGCCCACAGGACUGAAGGAAGCUGCAUUGUACCCCCAUCUGCCACCAGAAGCUGACCCCCGGCUCAUCGAGUCCCUCUCCCAGAUGCUGUCCAUGGGCUUCUCUGAUGAAGGCGGCUGGCUCACCAGGCUCCUGCAGACCAAGAACUACGACAUCGGGGCGGCGCUGGACACCAUCCAGUAUUCAAAGCACCCGUUGUGACGGCUUCUGCCCCCUUGUCCCACCCCUUUCUUGUCCCACCCCCUUCCUGUCUCCUACUUGUGUUGAGCUAGUGUAGAACAGCAGGGCCUCUCUAAGGGCCAGUUUCUGUGCAUUCUUCUUCCAGAAUCUGGGGGGUGGGGAUGCACCAAGCCAUCCAGGGCAGUGGAACAAGUGACAGGAGGGGGGUGCCCCGUGUGUGGCUGCCCAUGUCGGAGAAGCGUCUGCUGGCUUCCAGGGGCGGAGCGGGGCCCAGUGGUGUUCUCCUGCCCUCCCCCCACCAGGAUCACACCAGCAGUCCAGAAUGUCUUGCCUAAUGGCCUUUUUUUUUAAUGACUAAUUAAUAGUAGGCUGACAUGUAGUUGAUUUUCUGCUAGAAACCCGAUCAGCUCCAAAUUUAGAGUGAGUACAGCUGACAUCCUGCUGCGUGGGAGAGGAGUGAGGACAGGGCAGUCCAGGACUUGGCUUCUUGAAUCUGCGAAUGAGGAGGGGCUGAGAGGGAAGGGAGGCCGGAGCUCACAGAAUACUGCCUGUUCCAUAACCGCUCUAGUUCUGUCAUUUCCAGACGCGUCUGUUGCUUUUACAGUAAGAAAACCCUGUUGUAACCAUUCUGUUGCUAUUUUGCAAUCAGUAAUUAAAUGGUGUAAGCACUUUAAUCAAAGAUGUUACAACCACAGAUGA